CCCUUUAAAAACAAAAUGGCCGCCCCCAUCCCUUUACGGCGGUUCCCCCACCACCACCCUCCUCAGGCACACCCGGGUCGUCGUCACUUCCGGGGCGGGGUCGAGGGGAAGCCGGAAGUGUGUCGCGCUCGCAAGAUGGCGACUCCCUAUGUGACUGAUGAGACCGGGAAGUACAUUGCCUCGACGCAGCGGCCCGACGGCACCUGGCGGAAGCAGCGGCGGGUGAAGGAGGGCUACGUGCCGCAGGAGGAGGUGCCGGUGUACGAGAAUAAAUACGUGAAGUUUUUCAAAAGCAAACCCGAGCUGCCCCCGGGGCUCAGCCUGGAGGUCGCCGCUGCCGCCGCCACCGCGCCGCCCGGCAAACAGCCCGGCAAAGCCGAGAGCGGGGAGACGGGACUGUCCAAAGCGGCCAAAAGGAACUUGAAACGCAAAGAGAAGAGGAAGCAGCAGCAGGAGAAGGGAGAGCGGGAGACGGACGGACUGAUCCAGGCGCUGGAAAAGGCCUCUUUGGCGGGGGGCGACGGCGGGGACAGGGGGGCGGCCGCGCCGCAGCCGGCCUGCGACGGCGCAGCCCCCGCCGAGACGGGGGAACCCCCCGCCUCGGAGAAGAGCAGGAAGGUGAAGAACCUGAAGAAGAAGCUGCGGCAGGUGGAGGAGCUGCGGCAGCGGCUGGAGGCCGGGGAGAUCAAGCAGCCCACCAAAGAGCAGCUGGAGAAGCUGGGGCGCAGGAAAGCCUUGGAGGAGGAACUGCGGGACCUGGAGCUGGACUUGUAAGGGGUUUUUUUGGGAGGGGAGGGGGAUUUUGGGGGGGGGGGGGUGGGGGCGGGGGGAUUCCCCGGCAUUCCCUGCCCAGCCCCGGGUGCCGGCGGUUGGGGGUUGUUUUUUUGUUUUGGUUUUUUCCCCAGCUUUGAAACCCGGCGUCUCUCGGAUCCCUCUCUCCUUGGGGUGGGUUUUUGGGG